GCAGAAACAUACGCAAGCGGAGGAAUUGCCCUCACACCAUCUCUUCAGUCCAUCCACACCGAGAAAGGAAAAAGAUACGGAGAACAGAGGAAGAAACAAGAAAUAUAUAUCUAUGUUGCGGCGAACGGCGUCGGCGUCGGCCGCCAUGGUGUCCGGCUACUGGCAGAGGGAAGCCGUGGGUGCGUGCACAGAGAGCCUCGGGUCGGAGAGCGGCGACGUCGGCGGGGAGAUCGAGCAGCUUCCGGCCGGCGCCGGCGCCGGAGUGGACGAGGACGGGCACAACGCGGGAAUGGUGGAGCUUCAGAAUUUGGCGGGCAAGAGGCGGCGAGGCGAAAGGCGCCUCCCUCCGGCGAUGCCGAGGCCGGCCGAGGCGUUCAUGCGCGCGGAGCGGCGUGGCGGGCGUCUCAUCCUCACCCAGGUGGUGCGGCCGGUCGAGCGGCCGCGGGAGGUGUUCUGUGCGUCCCGCGCCGACGGGCGCCUGCGCCUGCGCUUCGCUGAAGAAGACGCCUUGUACGGCGAAAAGCGCCAAGCACCUGAAUCAGCCGAGACGGAGAGCGGGGCCCUGGUCGGUGGCUGCGGCAACGGCGUGGGGUUUCGCCAGGCAGCGACCGGCACCGGGAGGCGCGUCGAGAUCGGCGCCGUGAUGGGGAUAUGAUCGAGGCCAUGAGGUCGGUCGAGUCGUGCCUCGAUUCGAAUGUGGCCGCGUUGCUGCUGGAGUAGCUAAGCUGCAUUUUUUGUUCUUUUUUUUUUCUUAUUCUAUUUACUAGCAAACAUGCUCGUGCAUUGCAACGAGAGAAAGGAGUGCAUGCUUCUAGCACAAUAAGUUCGACUGGAGACCCCUCCACAUGUUCACAUUAUAUAUUUUAACAUAGCGGCUGA